UAAUAUUAUUAGUAGUAGUAGAUAAUUCAUUAUUGUAAAAUAAAAAAUGUACAUACAAAAUUUUUGUAAAUAAGCAUAUAUUUUAUUAACAAAAUUUAUUUUAGUAACCGAUUUUAAAAAUAUAUAAAACAAUGUUUAACUACCUUUUAAAAAAUAACAUUCGUGUUCCUCAAUCCAUUCAAUGGCAAAGAUUGAUAUCCAGCGCUGAAAUUGCAACCGCAUUGAGACCAUUUUAUUUUGCGGUACAUCCGGACUUAUUUGGAAGACAUCCCGAACAGAGAACCGUUAACGAAGAAUCUCUUAAGCAUCUUAGUGCACAUUUAGAAGCAAUACAACAAAGACGUUUGGCGCAAAGCGCACCAAAAACAUUAACAUUUUACAUUCGAGACAAACAAAUAGACCGAGAUUCAUUUAAACUUGUAAAAAUAUCUUUAGAAAGAAAUAGCGACGUUAAAUUUGUUAUAAAAAAGUUACUACAAAGCGUUAAUUUAUCUACUGAGUUUGUUGAUAAAAUUAAAAGUAGUAACAUUUCUAAAUUACAUAACGUAAAUGCAAAUGGUUCGCAUCAAACACAACAAAAACAUCAAGACGUUUAUUACUCUGAUUUUCAAAACUACGAGUAUGAGUUCCGAAAAUCUGCACAACAAGUAGAAAAAACUUUAGUAUCGUGGCUGAGUGACAAUGGGUCUACAGCUAGGGAACGUGAUAAGGAUCUACAAGAACUAAAAGAAGAAGUUAUUAAAUUACAAAAAUCGUUAGCAGAAAGAUUGAAAUUGAAAGAGCUUAGGUAUGAUUGUGGUUGGAAUUAUGAGCAUUAUAGAGGAUGCUUGAAAACUUUAGAGAGAUUGGCAAACAUGUACGAAAAGGAAACACGAAUGUUGCAAGGAAGAGUGGUAGUUUUUGCUCCAUUUACUGGUGUGAGUUUGGAAGGUCAUGUUAUGCUUUUCACUGGUGAUGUUUUAAGCAGUUGGUUAGAUUUUAUUAAAAACAUACCAAAACACGAUAUAUUUCUUGAAAAAAUACCAAAAUAUGAAAGUGCUUUAUCGCAAGUUUUAUUAAAUAUUAAGAUAAGACGAAGGAAAUUUAUGCCAAAGAGACAAGUAGUAGAAUAUGCUGGUUAUUUAAGUAAAAUUACUACAACUUUACUAGAUUACUUAACAACAAAAAAAUUCCCAAAAUCUUGGCCGAAUGAUUUGAGCAAUUUUGAAAUUGUUAUAGAGUCAGAAGCUGGUCCUUUAAUGAUCAGUCCUACAGGGCAAAUAAUAACACCUGCUACAUGCCCUGGUUUCAUGUUGAUUGAUUUUAUAACAACAAAUUUAGAUGAAGCGAGACAAAAAGCUGAAACCUAUAAACGGACAAAACAUAUUGAAAAGGAGCUGCACAAAAACUGCAUAGACAUUCUAAAGUUGAAGUCAUUAACAAAAGACGAUUCUGUAACACCGGAAAAAAUGAUUAAAUGUCUUGAACGAUUACUGAAAUGUGGCUUAGAUACAAAAUUAUCCGAAAAUAUUCAUUUGAAUAUAACCAAUUAUUAUUCAGUUUUACAUGAUGGCACUGUAAAUAUACCUUGGGAUUUUACAGUCAAUUAAAAAUAUAUAAAUUACUUAUUUUUUAAAUUAAAUAAAUCACAUCAAGAUUGGUAAAAAUAAUCUUCUUUGAAAUUCGAAAUAUACAUACAUAUUUAAAUAUUUUUAUUAAUAGAUUUAUAAACAAAAAAUAGUAUUAAAAUAGUGAUAACAAAUUUUGGAUUAUUCAGUAUACAAAACGUUCAACGCUUAGGCAAUUGCUAUAGUAAUAAUGAAAGAUACAAAGUGGGCAACUAUGGAUUUUAGAGCUUUAUAUAAAAACAGAAAUUCUUAACAGUUAUAACUAAAGAGUCAAUUAAACUUGAAAGUAGUCACAAUUUCAUAUGUGUAUAUAUGUAUAAACAAAUAAUGUUUAAGAAAAUUAAAAUGUAAAGCCAUUUUGAGAUGUGUCAUAUAUUUUUUCACAAUUAAAACAUUUAGUCAAAAUUUCGGAUUUAGAAAAAAAACAAUAUUGUGUUCUUAAAUUAAUGCAUUAGAAAUAUUGAA